AAAACUUCCUCGGAGAGGAUCCGUACUCCUAGUGAUUGCGGCGAGCGAGACCCCCAAACUUCGGGAACCAUGAAGCCCCGAUGGAAUCUUGUGGUUACCCUCGGUAUAUUACUUCACAUCGUUGCUUUAGCACUGGCUAAAGCUAUCAUCGACCAGAAAACCGAGGAAACACAAAACAGUAAUGUUCAAUCGCAAACACACGUCGCUCAGAAACGUUUCGGCUACGAUUAUCCGGCGCCUGCUGUGCCCGUUAGCUUCGACGAGCCCCAGAUUCAGGCGGAACCGGUUGUGGAUCAACUUCAAGUGCAGCCCAUAGUGGACGUCCACCACCACGAGGAGCACCUUCAUGAGGAGCAUCAUCACCACGAGGAGCACCAUCAUGAUCCUGGAUACUGGAAAAAGAAACUUAUCUGGAAGGAAGGAUGGAAGAAGAUUUGGAAACCUGGAAAGAAGCAAAUUUGGAAGCCCGACUGGAAGAAAAUCUGGAAGCCUAUCUGGGUGCCAACGGAGAUUCCAGUGUGGAAGGAUAUUCAGGUACCAGCUUGGAAGCAAAUCUGGAAACCGGUCUGGAAGGAAAUUCAGGUUCCGGCAUGGAAAGAAAUACAAGUUCCGGAUUGGAAGAAGAUCUGGAAACCUAUCUGGGUUCCGAUAAAAGUUCCCGCGUGGAAAGAAAUUCAAGUACCAGCUUGGAAACAAAUCUGGAAACCAGUUUGGAAGGAGAUUCAAGUGCCAGAUUGGAAGGAAAUUCAAGUGCCUGCGUGGAAGCAAUACUGGUAUCCUGCAUGGGUGAAAGUUGGAAUUCCUGGUGAAAAGUUCUUGGGCAAAGAUCACGACGGAUGGGAGUACACUAGCCAUGAUCUUUGGAAGAAAAAGCUGGUGUGGAAGUCGGCUUGGAAAAAGAUCUGGAAAACGGAACAAAAACAGAUUUGGCGUACCGAUAAAAAGCUGGAAUGGAAGGCCGCCUGGAAACAAAUUUGGCGUCCAGCUAAGAAGCAAGUAUGGGUGGAGGACAAAAAGCUUGCCUGGAAGGAAGCUUGGAAACAGGUGUGGCGAACAGAGAAGAAACAGGUGUGGGUUCCUGAGAAAAAACUCGAAUGGAAAGCUGCAUGGGUCCAGAUUUGGAAACCGAGCAAAAAGUUAGUUUGGGUGCCAGAUAAGAAACUCGAGUGGAAGGAAGCCUGGAAGCAAAUAUGGGUUCCUGGAUGGAAGGAAAUUUGGCUUCCUGCAUGGAAACAAAUCUGGAAACCCGUUUGGAUCUCUGAAUGGUUCCCAUCACCCGAUCCACAUGAACACCAUCACGAAACCGAGCAUGGUUGGGAUCGAAAGGAUAACGCCGCGUCGAAGGUUAUCUUCAAGCGUAGUGAAACUGCCUCAGCUCAACCCAAAGCUGUUGAAGCCACUCCGGAGGGAGCUGCCAAAAUUACGCCUGCUGUAGUGAAAACUGACAGCACAGAGAACAAGUCCGAAUUCCGGUUUCCCGCAUCUUAACUCUUGUUGAAAAAUAGACACUAAGAAACUAAGCUUUAGCCUUCUCGUACACAAAGUCAUCUAGUUUUUAACUAGAAUUAUCCCAGUAUUUAAAUAAUCUAAGAUGCAUCGUAUGUGAGAACGUGUAAAUAUUGCAAAGUAAAACUUGAGCUAUUCCAAGAUCAGUGAAGUUAUGGUUUUGGUUUCAUCAGAAUAGAAUACUCGUUUUCAUCGUAUCGCGAAACCCACAAAUUAGUGAUAUGUAAUUGUGAACCAUAUAAUUUAGAUGCUGCUAAUCGUUCCACAAAUUGGAUCGAAUCGAUGUAGUACCGUGAUCGCCAUCCAUUCAUCCCUAGAAUUUGUAGGAUUAGUUUUUUUUCAUUUUGCUUUUGUGAACGAUGAUCUGAAAACUUAAGAAAAUAAAUCGACU